CCCGCCCGGCGGCUUCGCCCGCAGCGCCGCCUUCUCGGGCCGCGGCCGCCCGGCCGGGUCCUCUGCGCGUUCCCGGGCCGGAGCCGGCGCACGAUGCGCCCGGUUGCCUUCUGAUCGCCGCCGCGCCGCUGCCUUCGCCGCGAUGAUUCCCCCGGAGCCGCCGCAGCAGCUCCUGCAGCCGCCGCCGCCGCCGGCCCAGCCGAACCAUGUGGUGACCACCAUCGAGAACCUGCCGGCCGAGGGCGGCGGCAGCGGCGGCGGCGGCGGCGGAAGCCUGUCCGCCUCCUCCCGGGCUGGCGUGCGCCAGAGGAUCCGCAAAGUGCUGAACAGGGAGAUGUUAAUCUCUGUGGCUCUGGGCCAGGUGUUAUCCCUCCUUAUUUGUGGAAUUGGCUUGACCAGCAAGUACCUGUCAGAAGAUUUCCAUGCGAAUACACCAGUCUUCCAGAGUUUCCUCAAUUACAUCCUUCUUUUCUUGGUCUAUACCACCACACUAGCAGUCAGACAAGGAGAAGAAAACCUCCUGGCAAUUUUACGACAAAGAUGGUGGAAAUAUAUGAUCCUGGGACUCAUAGACCUGGAAGCAAAUUAUCUGGUGGUCAAGGCCUACCAGUACACAACUCUGACCAGUGUCCAGCUCUUGGACUGUUUUGUGAUCCCGGUUGUGAUUUUGCUCUCCUGGUUCUUCCUGCUGAUCCGGUACAAGGCUGUGCAUUUCAUCGGCAUCGUUGUCUGCAUCCUGGGAAUGGGCUGCAUGGCAGGAGCGGAUGUGCUUGUGGGAAGACACCAGGGAGCAGGGGAAAAUAAGUUGGUAGGUGACCUUCUGGUCUUAGGAGGAGCCACCCUUUACGGCAUCUCAAACGUCUGGGAAGAAUACAUCAUCCGAACCCUGAGUCGAGUGGAAUUCCUGGGAAUGAUUGGACUCUUCGGGGCAUUUUUCAGUGGAAUUCAAUUAGCUAUCAUGGAGCACAAGGAGCUGUUAAAGGUACCAUGGGAUUGGCAAAUAGGACUGCUCUAUGUUGGCUUCAGCGCCUGCAUGUUCGGUCUCUACAGCUUCAUGCCUGUGGUCAUAAAGAAGACCAGUGCCACCUCUGUCAACCUCUCCCUGCUCACAGCAGACCUGUACAGCCUGUUCUGUGGCUUGUUUCUCUUCCAUUACAAGUUUUCAGGACUUUAUCUCCUGUCUUUCUUCACCAUCCUCAUCGGGCUGGUGCUCUACUCCUCCACCUCCACAUACAUAGCCCAGGACCCCCGGGUCUACAAGCAGUUCCGCAAUCCUUCCGCACCUGUUGUGGACUUACCGAGCUCAUCCCAGGUGGAGCCUUCGGUCACCUACACCAGCCUGGGCCAGGAGACUGAGGAGGAGCCCCGCGUUCGUGUGGCCUAGGAGGAGGCCCUACCUACUCACUGGGCACAACUCAGUGGCCAUUUGUUUGCCCAUCAUCUCUGUAUUGUACAUAGAGAAAGGUAUUUCUUAGGUGCGGUUUACGCAAGUGGACUGCAAGGUAGCAAAUACUGAAGCUUGUAAGAGGCACAAGCUAAACAUCACUGGAGGCACAGGCUCCAACGACCUGAUUUGGAGAGACGCCUAGCUAGUGCAUAAGCUGAUCACAAUGCCCUGCAUUAAUUCCUGUGAAAAUUUUUGAACCAGAAGCAAGUAUUAUUAUUAUUACUUGUAUUAUUAUUGUUACUGUUAUUACACUGACUUUCAGGGGGAUGUUUUGUACUCCUGAUGAGAACUAUUGCCAGACCCACAUGUAGUUAACAUAAAUCCCACUUUUCUACAGCAAGUCACUUUUUAAGAAUCAUACUUUAUUUUUUUGCACAGUCUAUCUGAGUGCUGCAUGCCACUGGAGCUCCACCCCUGAGAAGUUUCCUUACCCUAGGGACCUGGUGGCUAAUGUUUUCCUCUGUUACCUGCUGGAUCGCCUGCUCGCUAAGUAUUUUGUGCUGUGACCCUUGUGGGGAGGGGCAACUGAACAUAUGAUUCUCUAUUCUAGGAAUAGACAUAAAACAAACAUUUCAGCCUUUUUAUAUUUCAAUCUCUGAUUACUCCAGGCCAUUGCCUUUCUGUUGUGCCAUGUGAUUCUGCUAAUCAAGUUCCUGUAAUAACAGGAUAAGGAGUGUUUCAUUUCUGUGGCUCAUUGGAAACUCCAGAAGUAAUAUCAUUUGUGUUUAGGGUAAUGUAUAUACAUCUUUUUUUCAAUCUUUCUGCCCCUCCCUCUCCUCUCUUCAAAAAAUAUAUUCGAUUUUCCUUUUUUUCUAGAUUUCUUUAGCGAUAAUGUGGAAAUUAAUCAAGGCAUUAGGAAAAGCUACGGUCCUCUGCUCUUUUCAUUGUGUGAUACCCUUUUUGAAAUACGCCAGUGUGGCAGUUAUAUUUAUUGUGGAGUUAUCAUUGGUGAGGCAUCCCAGCAAAGUCAAGUUGCUGAUAUGGAGCCAUCUCUGACAAUAGCUCGAUUUGUCUGGCCAUUUUGUAGGAGUAAAGGAAUCACCUGUGAAAAAAUCUGGUCUUUUGGUUAUAUUUGGCAUCCAUUCAAUAGCAGAAUAUAUCAAUAUAACAUUCUUAUGGAUACAGAAAAUAUUACAGUGUCCUGAUAAGGCUUUGAGGGAAAUGUCACCAGUCUAAUUUUGUUGCCCUUAAAAUAGCCCUUUUUCAAACACAGGAAAUGAAAAAAUACCACAGGCCUCUAUGAUUUAAAAUAGAUUCUACAUGUCAGUAUGUGAAACCACCUUUAAAUUUGGCUGGCUUCAGUACCAUUCAUAAAGACCCCACCCCCUUGGAGUUACAGAGUUUGUAUAGGAAAAAUAACUGUUUAUGAAACUUAGGGCAAUUCAAAUCAUUACAUCUUAAGCAAGCACAGCAAAAGAGCGGAGGGGACCCUGAAAAGUAGAACAGAUUGCCACUUAGUCGGGACUCCCACAUCGCCUGAACAAGGCCUAAGUCCACAGGCAAAAGCAUCCUAUACCGUCAGUCGUCACCAUGUGGCCCCUUUGCUGCCUUCUGCCCAGGGUGGGUGGUCUUGCCCUUGGAGACGGGAAAGAAAAUUAUCUUCUAUGAUAUGCAGAUUUUAUGGUCAUCCCUGUUCAGUCCCCUUAAAAAAGUUUUAUUUUCUGUGGGGAAAAAAAAAAUCCAUGUUAAAGCUGUAUCAAGUCAAAAUCACUUUGCCAAUGUCUACUCUCUGCUACCUUGUAAGCCAAUUAAAUACCUUUCUCUGAAAAUUUUGUCCAUUCAGAUCAGAAGACCUUUAAAGACUGUGGUUUUAUUUUUGUGUUUACAUUCCUUUGUUUUGCAUAAUUUGCUUGAUUUAUUGCAUUUUUAGUAUUUAUUUUAAGCCAAAUGUUUUAAUCUUUCUUUAUUCAUUUUUCUACACUAAUUUGUAGAUGCUUAGUAUGAGAAAUAAGUGGAUGAAAGUAUGUAUAAGUUGACUCUGGACUGGGAUUUUUUUAAAUUUAAUUUCAAAAGAGUUUGUAAUCAACAGAUGGCUAAAAGUUGCUAUCUGAAUUAUUUUCUAGGAUAUUUUAAUUGACUCCAUUGUAUGGAAACCAAGUGUGAAUGUUAAAGUGAAUUCACUGUUUACCCUUUAUCACCCAGUGUCCUUGUACACAAGACUUUCACAUCCCUGGGGUCCCUUACCGUGUGGGUCAUCUUCAUUUAGAAGGCUGGUAACACUGAGUUACCCAGGAUCAGGUGUUCCAAAGAGACCCUCAGAAAAAAAAAUAGCAAAGAACAAACUCUUUUCCUGUGCAAAAACAGUGAUCCUUUUGGAGUGGGGUGGGAAUGGGAGUGGGAAAACAUUAACUAUAGUUGUUUUGUUUCUGAAAUUUCAUAACCUCAGUAGACACCAGCAAAAACUUCAGCUUCCCCAUCCACCACCCCUCUCAUCCACAAAUGGGACUUAAGCAAUAUGUAUAGAAUUUGAUUGGGUAUACUGGGCAUAUUGCAUAGAGUGAUGUGAGAGCAAACCACAGCUUUCCUAAACCCCUACAGAGACCACUUGUUGGUCCUCACUCUUUGAUGAAAACUUGCACUGGGGACUGCGCUUGCCUGGGACACACCUUCCCACAGCUCCAAACCAUGAAACACGCAACCAGGUAAACCAGGCAUUGGGAAAAUUUGCACCACUAUGUCCCAUGAAAUGUUUGAGUGUUUAGUUUAGAGAUUGCUAACUUGUGCUAUUAACCUUUUGACAAGCGUGUAGUAUUGUUUGUUUUGGGUUUGUUUUGAUUUAUAACCAUUUAGUAGUCCCCAGCUAGCUACCAGUACAGAUUUUACCCCAUGGGUAGGAUUCUAUUGUCAAGCCACAUAACAAAGCACACUAUUCCAGACAUUGCAAAUGGAAAAUAUGAACCAAAAAGGAAAUUUACACAGAUAAGUUGAAUAAACUCUCCAUUUUUGAUAUUUGCAUGCUCCCCUAUGGACUGGCUGUGGCAAUGUAAUGCUUGUAUAAUGUUUUCAAAUAAAAAAAAAUGCUUUAUGAAA